AUGUCAUGUACUUCAUGUUCGAAAGAAUGUAAAGAAUUUCCGGUAGAUUGGUGGGAUACGGUUGGCGUGUUACACACGCUAUUUAACGUUGGUCAACUUGAAAUGUUACCAGCACUUGGAUAUCAUCAAGAAAAUCUUGGAGCAAAACAAAAGAGGGGGUUCCUUUUUGAUACCGCUAAGGGGAAAUGUGAUCCUUGGCUUAUCUCCUUGGUAUAA